AUUAUACUUUAGUGUUAUUUAACUAUCGCCACUUCAAACCACAUGUCAGACAACGCAAAUGUCAUUCCAGCUUCGGUACGGGCAGACGGAACUGUGAGAAAGGAGCGCAGGAUUCGACCAGGAUACGUGCAAAAGGAGCUUGCUCCCAAGUACACUCCGCCAUCACAGCGCAGGCAGCCGAGUCAUCAGGAAGAAAAAGUCCAAGAAACAGCCGCCAAACAGGCACCAGAGGCAAUUCCAGUAGUACAGUGCCAAAGUCUGGACUUGUUAUGCGAGAAUAAGCCUGCAAAUGGCCCCAUAGACAAAAUUGCAAUUGACACUCAAACUAAAUCCCCGUCGCAGCCUCAGCCUGUAUCAAACGCAGAAGACAAGCCUGUCGUCAAGCCGGUGCGCAAAUACAUUCCUCCGCAUCUUCGUGUGCCAAAGGAAUUGCUGUCAAAGAGCGAUUCUGAAGACAAGAGUGCCCAGACGCCGGCAAAGGUCGUUGCUGUUGUUGCUGAUAAUGGCACAGAAAAUAACUACGACAAUGAUGAUUCUAUUGACUUGGCCGAUGCACUCGAGCAAAUGUCGCUGCGAAACAAUUUUCACGAGACAAGCGACAAGAAACUUGAUUAAAUUAAGGCAUGCACAUUGGUAACUUUUGCUAUCUGUUUUCGAAUUGAUUUGUAUUCAUCUAUCAAUAUUUGAAAAAAAAA